ACUCCAACUGUAAUCAGUUGUGUAUAGGACACUCGGGUGCGCGCGUCGAACGGUUUCUUGUCGAAUGCGAAGUGCAGUGGCUCCUGCUCCUGCUAACGUCAAACGGACUUGGAAGAACGGUGCGCGGUUUUUGCUGCUCUCCAGCUUGGGGGGAUUUGUGGUAAAACUUCUAUCUCUGUUGUUGCUGGGUCCUCGUCCUCCUGUUGUUAAUCACAGCAGAAAUUGUUGAAACGAAUUAGCGAGAAAGCACCAAAAAUAAAACCGAGUAGGAAGCCAAGGAAAAGCAAAGGAAAUUUUCCAGCUACAGCUACAGCUGCUCUGCUGCUACUGCUGCCGCUGCGAGCGUCGCUGCGUCAACAGCGCUGCUGCUGCCGCGGCUGCUGCUGCUGCUGCGGGUGCUGCUGUGUCCGAGAUAAAGGAUAUGCCCGGAUCUAAAAGAUACAGUUUUUCUUCUUCUGUUUCAAUUUAUUUUUUUUCGUGUUUUUUGCUCCUUGUCUUGUGCAGGCUGCUUGGCUUUCUUGCUGCGGAAAAAGCAGAGCGGAACAGCAACAACAGCAACAGAAUUACUAAAGCAAUAAUUUGUUUGGAGAACUCGUUCCGACGGCUGGCCAAAAAUGUGGCAUACAACUGAAGUGUGGCCCGAAGAAACUAUGCAAAUAAAUUAAUAUGCCGAAAUCAUUAACAAAUUAAAACGAAACACGCAAAAGCAAGAGCAAAAUAUACACGAGAAUAAAAGGGAAACGAAACCCGAGAGUCAAGUGCUUCGAGGAGAGCUGUUUGCUGGCAUGCUUUGAGGUUAAUUCCACCCAAAAACCAGCCCCCCGCCGCCACCUGCCGCCUGCCACCUCCAACCACCCAACCCUCUGGGUUCCCGGGUCCCCUGGCCUCUCGUCUCCGCCGUGUCUCGUCUCCAGGUCCGGCUUUCGCCCACUUUCGUCUUCUUCGCUGCCGUCACCAGCUCCGCGUCAAAGGCAUCAAAGAAAUGGUUGCCUCAUUAGCGACUUAGCGGAACGCGCCAUAAAGGAAACCGUAACCAAAAACCACCAAAAAAAAUACAAAAUAAAGAGGAUACGCCGAAAGGGAUUGACAACCGCAACAACAUCGUCUGCGCCCGUACCAGGAAAGAGAAGAAGGAGAACCCAUAAAAAAGGGACAAAGAAAUUGAAUACUCACCGGGUUUUGUGUGGCCUUGCCAGCGAAUUUAAGCACCAUGGGUUCGUUAUGUGCCAUCUAAAAACCUCUAACAGAGCACCUCAAAUGCGAAUUGAUAUUAAACCGUAAAUCAUAAUUAACAAGAGUUAAUUAAGCAACAACUGCAAAACCAAACCGAUACCACGAACAAGUCAAAGCUGAAGUGGCAGUGGAAGAGGAAGUAGAAGUACAGCAAGAACAACCAUGGCCUCACCACCAGAAAGCCCUAUCGAGGAGGUGGUCUAUGAGUUGGAACAAACACGAGUGCCUAAGCCCAUACCCGUUGCCCUCGAGGAUCUGUGCCGCCAAACGAAGUUCACCAAACAGGAAAUCCGCGUCAUGUACAGGGGAUUCAAAACAGAAUGCCCCGAGGGCGUGGUGCACGAGGAUUGUUUUAAGGAUAUUUACGCCAAAUUCUUUCCACAUGGCAAUUCGAGUUUAUACGCUCAUUAUGUGUUCAAGGCGUUCGAUGUUAAUUGCAAUGGCGCCAUUAGUUUUCGGGAUUUACUGGUCACCUUGUCGACCCUGCUGCGCGGCUCUGUCUACGAGCGCCUCCGAUGGACAUUCAAGCUCUACGACCUGAAUGGCGAUGGCCGGAUCAGUCGCGGUGAGCUGAGCGAAAUCAUCUUGGCCAUUCACGAGCUUAUGGGCAGGAGACCACACCAGCCUGAGGACGAUCGCAAAGCGAGGGAUCAGGUGGAUCGUGUGUUUCGUAAGCUGGACUUGAAUCAGGACGGCAUCAUAACGAUAGAGGAGUUCUUGGAGGCCUGUCUGAAGGACGAUUUGGUGACGCGCUCACUGCAGAUGUUCGACAACGACCUUUGAUGACAAGAGGACGGGCCAGUGUUGUUGACCACCUCGAAGACUAUAGUAUCGCUUAUAGAUCUAUAAAUGCAAUAAACCAAAGCAAAGAAAAAUCGGGGACGGAAUCCUCCAAAAAAAAACAUCUACUACCUAUG